GACUUCUUCUGCAAAAUAUGUAUGCUGUGUAUUAAUACGCUUAGGAAUACAUCCAUAUAUUUCAGGUUUGCAAUACUAGGUUCUUUACUAAGUAAUCAGCAAAAUGUAAUAAAUCUCACCAAUUACCAUGAGUUGCUGCAAGUGAUAUCAACUGUAUUAAACAUUUCUUCGAAUGCGAUGACUUGGCGCAGUAUACGCCGAAGUUUGAUAGCAAUUUUAUUUUUUGAAAAGGAGCAGAUUUCAAGCCUCAAUAAAGUUUAUGUCAGUGAUUGUACGGAGACAUGGAACAAAAUUGUAAAUUUCUUAAUUUCCGAGUCAUCUGAGAACAAUAUUAUUAUAAUGGAAAAACAACUACUUUUGCAAGCUUUAAUAAAGCAUGGCAAGCUAUCGUCAGAAGCGAGUAACAAUUUAAUCCAAUCUAUUAUAACUAAUAGCAUUCUGAGGCGUGCCGAAGCGUUUGAAACUAUACGUCAAAUUUUAAUAAAUUCUGAUAUUUGUGGAGUGGACAAAAAUUCCAGCACCAUUGAAAGGAUUAUAAAUUGGGCCUAUGAGGUAAACGAUAAAAUCAAUGCCAGGAGCAUGUUACUUAAUAUCGCCCCAGUCAACAUUACGCUGAUAAACGACACAUGCGCGAUUGCAGUUAUAAAUUUCCUAGAUGAGCAGCAAAUAUUUUCAUCGACCGCUUAUCGAGAUGAAAUACAAAGACAAUCGUAUGAUCUAAACAUGCUUCAAUACAAAUACAACAUAAAAUUUGUUUGCCUGGAGGACCACGGAAAAAUUUUGAAUUCAAUAUCGAAAUUGGCCCACCCAAUGAACGCGUUGUCCAAAUCAUUGAAUAAUUGUUUGUUUCAGAAUACUUAUGAAUUACUGAUGCGUACAGUAAAUUUGGAAAUUUCAAAAGAAACCUCCUGUGCCAGUAUUAUUUCAGACCUGACAUCCUUGUAUAAAUUAGCAGACUUGUCGAAAGCGUUGCUGUACUAUAAAGUGUUUACAAAAGAAAAUUUAGCACAGUGUCCACUAAUUAAGCGUGUUGGAUUUUUCCUUAGCCAUAUGGAGUUUCAAUUGAAAAGCAAUGAUCCCCGAAUUAUAGAACAAACAGAAUUAUUGGAAAUUCUGCAACAUUUAGAAGCGUUUAUAAAAGCUUUUACUUCCAGUCAGGUAUUGAUACAGUUUUUAGAGACACAGCCGCUAGAGGAACUGGUUAACUUUUUGGGAGCAAGUUUACUGCAUAGCGCUUCUCAGCACCAGCGAAGUAAAAGCAGCGACUGGGCCGAUGUUCGUUUUACAUCGCUGCGUAUUCUCGCUGAACUAUGUGCUAGUAAUACUCACCAAAAAGAUGCCUUCCAUCAUAUAUGCCGAUAUGUAUUCAACAUUCGUAACGAUUUAGAUAUUCUUCUCCCACUCAUAAAAAUAUUUUGUACUCAAAAAAGUAAGUGCGAGGCCGAAAACUGUCAGAUAGGUGUAUGGUUCGUAGACAAAUUAAAACUAAUUUUCCGAUUGUACCACAUGGACCACAAAAUCAUUGAUACGCUAGUUGAAAUGCUCCCAGAAAUCUUCGAGUAUGUGUACUCAAAUACUGAGCUUUUAGAAAAUAUGUUCGUAGCGUUAACAUCUUUACUUAAAAUCGCUUACAAAAAGAACUAUUCUACAAAAAUAGCGAGCAAUUUGAUGAAAACUGUUCGACUGAUCUCACGGCAUUGCGAUGGAAUCUGGACAAAAGAAGGAUUUAGAAAUAUUUGCAAAUCUGUGAUAAAGUUUUUGUCCUUUCCAUCUCUCCGAAUUCAAUUUUCUGUGAUAAGCACAAUAACAUCACUAAUGGAUGCCAAUUGGCUGAAGAGUACAACAUCAUCAUUUUAUAUUCAGGAGCAUCACAAAAUGUGUCAGGAGCUUUUCGCUGUCAUAAACUGGAAAAAUUUAACAGACUCCACCACAGAUCUGGCACAAAAUCGAAGUUCAGUAGUAAUGCAGCUCUUAGUGGCUCUUAUUGCCUUCAGCUCCUAUUAUCAAGAAAAUGCCUUAAAGGAGUUGGCAAAUUUGUAUGCUUCAAAGAAACUAACAGAAGCCGACUUGAACGAGUUUACACAAGUUUGUGAUUUUUUUGGCUGUUCGCGAUCGCAGUUGACAAAGCCGUAUAUUAAUAGCUUAAUAACAGCUUGGAUAGCUAAUAAUUGGCCAAUUUUUAAAUUUCCAUUUUUUCUAUGUUAUGCAAGCAAAGACGAAUUCAUUAUGCAAAAUAUUGCGAUGAUUGCGGCGUGUACUCUGUUAUAUGUCGCAAAGGCCGAUUUCAAGAAACUAAACAAAUAUGCAACGGACGAAGAAAUUUUGAAGUGUGCUUUUCCCAUAUUGCAAGCGUUUUUGUUACCACAGAGAGCAAUGUGUCCGGAGGCACAAACCGAAAAGUACAAAAAGUACCUCAGUAUAUUAAACGAAAACGCGAAUCAACUGGGGAUAGAUUUGCACCAAUCAAGAGGAAUUGAUUCCAAUAUUAAUUGGGAAACAAUAUACUGUUGCUACAGUCUUCUAAAGGUAGAUGGACCGCCAUCAGCACCUUUUGAAUUUCCAAGUUUACAUAGCACAUCAUCGUGGUAUAACCUAAGUUACCAAUCCCUACAACAAUGCCUUAGCUUAUAUUUGGUUGGUCAGAACGUUGGUGGCGAGUACGAUGCGAAAGCGUUAUUCGCUCCCCUUUGCAAAUACCCGCUUAAGUUUUUAAAAGUACUUGGUGCUAUUAAAGCAGAUUUAUAUUCUUGUAUAUUUUCAAAUGAGAAACUGUUACAUUUUUAUAAAUAUUGCAUAGCAGUUGAUGCGGCUAUUGACUCCAUUCCAACAACACGCAUGACUUCUAAAAGAAAUAAAAUUAUUGGGGAGUACUUUGUUCGUGAUGCGAUAUUAUUUAUCACUCAGUUUCUUCAAAAAGUUGAAUAUACGGAAUUACACAAAGCGGGCCUUUUUUAUUUGCACCACCUCUUUGGGAAGCCGUUUCUAUCUGUUGACGAAGGUAGAAAUGUAAUGAGUGUUCAUUUGAAUGAAAUUACAAAGUGCCUAUUAGCCAUCACCCAUAAAAACGGUGAUUAUGAAAAGACAAAGUUAUCAAUGAAAUUGCUACAUCGGCUGAUUAAUGAAUUUGGUGAAAAAGCAAUGGUUUUCGAUCAACUUCCUGAUACACAAAAUUUAAUUGAAUAUUGUGACAUUCUAAAAACCCAACCAGCAUCACCCACCAAUAUUAAAGAUCUGUUUAAAAUUCUGGAAUCAUCCAUGCUAAUCCAAAAAUGCGGCAAUGGCACUUUGGGCACAAUUCAGCAAUAUAUAGCCAAACAUAAAACAGAACUGUGCGUCGAAGGUAUGCUCUUCUCUGAUCUGAUUCGCCGACUUCUUGAAGUGGCCUGCAAUGCUGAAAAUACAAAUUUACGUCUACAGGCUGCUAAGUGUCUUGGAGAAAUAGGCUCCCUUGAAAUAGCGGAUGAAACUUAUUAUUUUGAAACACAUUCUUCAUUUUAUGAUAACGUUGGAAGCCAAGUGGACAGAAUCGAACUCUUCUCUAUAUGUCUUGCAAAAAUAUUAGACAAAACCUUAAUGCAGUUCGAUUCGAACACAUACGAAGCCACGUUCGAGGUAGCAACUCAGUUAAUGAAUACAAAAUUCGCUAAACCGAUUUGUGAAAUCUAUCCUUAUCUGGAAAUUUUUGAAAGUAGCACCAAAACUAAGCCUGAGUGGGAUCCACGCGUUAGCGUCGUUUCCAUAGACUGGUUAUCCAUUGUGAACUCAACGGAACUGCUAGUUUGGAAUGAGUGGAUUUGUCGAUUUGUUAGUAAGGCUUUCGAUUUUUGCGGCUGGAAAGCACUGCGCGUCUUAGCGUCACAAGAUAUAUAUUUUGCAAACGAAAUACUACUACCCUUUAUUACUCUGCUAAUGUCACAUAAGGAACAUCACUUGAAUAGUCUUAUGCUAAUGCUCGAACAUUAUUUCAAAGAGCUGCAUUUGGUUCUUGAUAAAAGCGUGCGUCGCGAUCAGAUGAAUAUCCAAGAUAUUUAUAGAGAUAAACGAAUAAUAAAGAUAUUUCUAAACAUAUGUGAAUGUAUUCGUUUACACAAUAAAAGCUCCGUUCCAAUGAAUUUGCUGCUUGUAGCUCGAGCUAGUAAUCAUUGCCAGGUAUAUUUUAUGACAAUUAUUUACACAGAGUUAUGGGCCUUAUCGGAAUUUAACUCGGACAAGCAGAUAAAAUUGGAAGAGAGUUUGAGAAAUUCAGCAUUCCAGGAAAUUGCCACCAAGGCAUAUAAAUCUAUCGGUUGCUAUGAUGCCAUUUCUGGAUUUCUCUCUCCUCUACAAUCUCGGCUUGAAUUUCUUAAUUUAAACAACAAUUGGUCCGAAAUGCUACUUCAAAACUCGUUCACAAAUCCAGUCACAAAUAGCUUGUGUAAUUCAGCAUUAAAAAGAAACGGAAUUCUAAGUCUUUCUGACCUGGGUAAUAAAAACAUUGACAAUUCUAAUGACUAUGAAGUGUGCUGGCGACUUUGUCAAUGGGAUGUCCCUGUGGAGGGCCAUUUGAAAGUGAAUAUUGAAAAUGAUCCAGACCUGGAAUUUGAAAAGCACCAUUUCAAUGCUUUGAAGUGUCUAUAUAAUCGUGAGCAACAGAACUGUUUAGCGGCGAUUGAAAACUCGCGGCAAUGCGUAAUUAAUAGUUUAAUGGGGAUAAGCACUGAAUGUCUUCAAAGUGUUUACAAAUAUCUCACAUGGCUACACGUACUUCAGCAGACCGAGGACUUCUGUCAAGUUCAAUUUACACCUGAAGUAGAUAUUAAAUCGAUUUUUGCAAAAUGGCAGGUGGAAAACCAGCAGAAAUAUGGGAGUUUCAAUUGUAAAGAGCUUGUACUAUCCCACCAAAUUACUUUGUUUAAAACAGCAGGUGUGCGUGGGCAAAGAAGAGUAAUAGAUUAUUUCAAGUAUAAUCCAAUUGAAACGCAUCUUCUAAACGUUGUUAAGGAGUGCAAAAAAUCUGGAGAAAUAAAUUUGGCGAAACGUAAUAUAAUAUCGCUUCGGGACAUAGAGAUCACAAAUGAACACGUUAAGCUGAAUGUAUUACUGGAGGAUGCGGAAAUUUGUUUCCGCUGUGGGAACAUAGAAAUUACGGAAGCCUUGUUGAAGCAUGCCUUAACGCAUAAGGAACUAGGGGCUUGUCCUCAACAAGCGAGGGCACUUAGAAUGUACGGAGAGUUUCUAUUGGAAUCGAAUUCGCAAAGUUUCGAAUAUGUUCUGGAAAAAAUGUUCAACAGAUCUAUAGUUUACUUGGAAAAGAUAUUCAAAUCUCAAAAAUAUAAUGAUAAUGAUGACUUAAGUUUUCUAUAUUUGGAAGAUCUUAAACCCGCUGCCUUUGAAAGGGAAAACAAAAAAGAGGCCUAUCAAAUAAUCGCUAAAUAUGCCGAUCGGGAAUAUGUGCAAUCGAAUAUGUAUGUUAAUUCCGAAGAGUUUAAACUGAAGUGCCAAAUUAUACAGGAAAAUAGACAAGCAGCCGAUUCUAUCGGCAGACAAAAUAAAGAUCGCGACAUUAACCAUGGCGUAAUCAUAAUGAAAAAGUAUGCCAAUUUAGAUGAAACCGAAGUAAAAUUUAUCGAAGAGAAGCGCACCAACAACCUUUGUAUUUCCGUUAAGAAUUAUAUGAAAUUUUGUGAAAUUGACACUGGAUUUUCAAAUGCAGCUAUCUAUAGAAUCAUUGGGCUAUGGUUUGCAAAUAAGCAAGAUCAAGCGCUGCACAAGGAAAUUAAAGAUAGUAUUGGCAUAAUUCCAUCUUAUAAAUUUAUUUGCGCUUUGAAUCAAAUUACCGCCAGGCUAAACUCAAAGCAUGACGAUUUCAUAUCCAUCAUUAAAGAGGUUUUGGUGAAGUGCUUACAAGAUCACCCACACCACACACUUUAUCAGCUCUAUCCUUUAAUAUUUGACGACACAGGAAACAAAGGUAAUAAGACUCGAUCUAAUAUCGCAGCGGACAUUAUAACAAGAGGACGAAACACAUUGAACGCGCAGUGCGCAAAGCAGUUUGCAUUGGUGUUUCCCGCUUUAAUUCAGUUCGCAAGUGCUGACCCCGAAAAAAAUUCAUCUAUGGCGUUAUCAGACAAAUUGAAAAAGCUUAAACAUUUAGAAGCAGUCCAUUGCCCCACCAUUGAACUUCCAGUGUUGCCAAGCAAGGACUACCGAAUAACAAGCAUCGUUAAGUGGGACGAACGUGUAUCUUUGGUAGGAGGUAUCAAUGCUCCUAAAAAGCUUAUCUGUUUGUGUUCUGAUGGAAAAACACGUCCACAGCUGUUAAAAGGUCGAGAUGACUUACGGCAAGACGCAGUUAUGCAGCAGUACUUUUCACUUAUAAACACUCUUCUCUGCUGUGAUCCUAAAACAAGUGAACGUAAAAUUAGCAUUCGAACCUAUAAAGUUGUACCUCUUUCAAUGCGGAGCGGAAUAUUGGAGUGGUGUGAGAAUACCGUACCUAUCGGUGUGUAUUUGGGUAGUGGAAGUGACAAAGUUGGUGCGCAUAAAAAAUAUCGACCUGCCGAUAUCUCACCAUACAAAUGCCGUCAAUUAUCCAUGCAACAUCUCAAAUCUGACUUGCAAAAGCGUUUGUUGGUUUACGAACAAAUUUGCGCACAAAUCAAGCCUGUUUUCCACUAUUUUCUGCUUGAAAAAUUUGGAGUUCCAGGAGUUUGGUUUGAACGUAGACUAGCUUACACAAACAGUAUGGCUGCAAAUUCAAUGGUUGGCUUCAUAGUUGGUCUUGGCGAUCGGCAUACGCAAAAUAUACUUAUUGAUGAGAAAACAGCUGAAGUAAUUCACAUUGAUUUCGGGAUCGCGUUUGAACAGGGGAAAAUAAUGCCAACUCCAGAAACUGUACCAUUUCGCCUUACUCGCGAUAUGAUUGCACCCAUGGGUGUUUGCGAAACAGGUGGAGUUUUCAAGAAAGCAUGUCAAACAACACUAGAAGUUUUACGAAAAAAUCAAUCCGCUAUUAUUACAAUACUUGAGGUUUUGCUUUAUGAUCCGUUAUAUAUUUGGAAUGUAGUACCUUCAACGGUUAGCGCUAAAGAUGAUGAGAAAAACUUAACCGCCCAGCGUGCUCUUCUAUGUGUGCAACACAAGUUGGAAGGAAGGUUAAGUAACAUAACCAGUACAGUCAAUACGGAUGUGCAAGUUCAAAGGUUAAUAAAUGAUGCAGUCUCCAAACAUAAUCUAUGCCGUCUUUAUCCAGGUUGGGAUCCAUAUUUAUAACUACCGAAUGCCCAAUUGCCACAUUGCUAAUCGUUGUUAUCCUUUUAAAUUAUAUUUUCCAUAAAAAUAAAGUUGUUUAUACUUUAAUACUAAUAUUAAA